GCUGUGCUCCUCCUCUCUUUGCUGUCAUUUGGAUUAUAUGCAGCGUCUUCUGCCAUACCUUAUGAUUGCUAAAGAACAAACCGAGACUGUGGACGCUUGUAGCUGUAUUUUUCCCGCUCAUAUUCCCUCUUCUACCUCACACUGCUCAUCCGAGAAUCAGCAUGCAGGAAGAUGUCACUGCAAUAUCCAACUAUCAUCAGGAUUCUGUGACUAUUCACAACAAAGUAUCCGAAAGUUUCAUUGAAGGCAAGGAGAACAAAAAGAACAAGAAGCAGCGGUAGCAGCACAAGGAAGACAAUGCAACUACAAGCUCUCUAACGAGCCUUGAGCUGCCACAGCCGGUCCUCGACGAACCUAUCAGAUCGCUCAUUCCAGCGGCCGUCAUCGAAGUUCUUGGAGUAGCUGUCGGCGUCGUAACCGAAAUUGAGCUGCUUGGACCCGUACAUGCUCCUGCCUUCCUUCAGCAACCGCUUGAGGAGAUCGCGCCAGCUGCGGCUCCGCUCGAGGCCGACGGCGCGGCGGAGGAGGUGGAACCGCGAGUGGCCGCGCUGCAGCGGGAACCACGACGGGGAGGCCAUGCAGCGAGCGAGGCGGGACGAUGGCUCUGGCGACUCCAUCGGGGUAGCCAAGCAGCGCUCGCUUCUCCGGUGGGUUAUAUAAACGGAGGAAGGCUUCCGUGGGGCAAUUCGGAUCAGGAGCUAAACAGGCGAUCGGCACCGAAGUCUCUAAAAGGUCAUUCUAGGUUGGAAGGAAUUCUUGUGCAUAUUAAGGAAGGUGAUCUCAGAUAACUGCGUUUGCUUAUUGUAUCUUGUCCAUUGUGUUGAUGCUUCUCAAGUUGAAUUACAUGUAAAGCUCAAAUGCCGGCAUUCAGAAUUAAAAGCAAAUCAAACACAGAAUAUUUAAGAUUGCAUGAUCUUCAUACAUGUCGCAAAUCAGCUAAAACAUCAAAAAGCUCACAAACUCAGGUCAAGACGUUUCAACUAGAGACAGAACUGGAUACAUUUUUCCAAACCCAACAAAAUGCUUCUUCUAAUAAAGAAGUAUCUGUAUGCAACUCAACACUUGCUGGAUUUGAUGGACCCUACACUCAGUUGCUGAACGCAUCCCCAUUUUCACUUGAUCCAGUAUCAAUCAGAAGAUCGGAUAUACUAUCAGAAACAAAUCCAUCUAACCUUGAAACAAUCUUCUCUCCUGAUCUUGAGCACCGUGCAUCUCCCCUGAAGUCGGCAAAUUACAUUGAUGAAGCAAAAUAUGAAGGCACCAGAUUGCCUCAUCUAGUUGCAGAUGGUGCUGACAAUGCUACCUGUAUCUCAAGUGAAUAUCAAACUUGUGGCUUAUCAGAAUUCUACAUUUCUGAUAGCAUCCAUGAAGGCACCAAAUUGCCUCAUCUGGUUGCAGAUGAAACUGAUGAUACUACCUGUGUCUCAAGUGAAUAUCAGACUUGUGGUUUAUCGGAUUUCAUAUCUGAUUGCAUUCAUGAAGGCACCAAAUUGCCUCAUCUGGUUGCAGAUGUAAUUGAUGAUGCUACCUGUGUCUCAAGCGAAUAUCAAACUUGCAGUUUAUCAGAUUUCUACAUUUCUGAUAGCAUUUCUGCUUUUCCCUUUGACAAUAGUGUUGAAGUUACUGAUGUUAUAACUGCCAUUUGCCCUAUUAAUGAAUAUAUGAACUCUGACAUAAUGAUUGACAUGGGGGAGGGAUAUAUGAUUCUUCCUUUCCUUGAGAGGACAGUGGAAACUGGAGAUGAUGAUGACUCAGUUCAGGAGACCAUGAUGAACUUCAACGAAGCUUCUUUGUAUUUGGCAGUUCAUCCUGAAAAUGAAAAUAAAUGCAACUUUGGCAAUUUGGAAGAGAUAGAAUGCUUUGAUCAACUGUUGGUUUUUAAUCGAUUACCUGAUUUACCUCAGGCAGUUUCAUCCAUUUUAUUACCGCAGAAAGCACAAGAAAGGAUGCCUGUAACCCUUGUACUUGAUUUAGAUGAAACUCUUGUCCAUUCUACCAUGGAACAAUGUGAUGAUGCUGAUUUCACCUUUCCAGUUUUCUUUAACAUGAAACAUCACACAGUAUAUGUAAGACAGAGACCUUUUCUGCAGAUGUUUCUUGACAGCGUAGCUCAGAUGUUUGAAAUUGUUAUAUUCACUGCCGCUCAAAGCAUAUAUGCUGGAGAGCUUCUGGACAUAUUGGAUCCAGACAGAAAGAUAAUCUCAAAGCGUAUAUAUCGUGAAUCAUGCAUCUUCUCUGACGGUACUUAUACCAAGGACCUAACCAUUUUGGGAGUUGACCUGGCAAAAGUUGUCAUAAUUGACAAUACUCCACAGGUUUUUCGCUUGCAAGUCAACAACGGGAUACCGAUCGAGAGUUGGUUCGGGGAUCCUUUGGACCAUGCUUUAGUCCAGUUACUUCCCUUUCUUGAGACCUUGGUCUACGUAGAGGAUGUUCGUCCAAUUAUUGCUAAGAAAUUCAGCAAUAAUGAGUAGCAGCAUUCUUUCCAUGGGAGAUUUUGCCUUGAUGACUUCACCUUGCAGACUCUCCUGUAGGCAUGCACCUUUCCACUCUCAAACUAUAGAAAUAACAUUUACAUGUACAAUAUGUGUGUCGGAUUUAGAUUUAGUUUAUUGGAGCUGGCUAUGUAAUUUGGAGAAAUGGUUACUAAUCACUGUACCUGUGUUUGACGCUCAAGCCAACAGCUUUGAUAUGUUUGUUUCUCCCUCUUUCGACUUUGUACAGGAAUGUCAUGAUGGAAAUAAAAUGGUGUUGUUCUCCC